AUGAAUCAUCAUGGCUACCGUUGUUUUUAUCUCAUCACUCUAAUCACCCAGAAAAUAAUAUCCUCACGUCAUGUUCGUUUUGAUCAAAAUUCUUUUCCUUCUCAACAAGCAGCAGAAACACCUUAUCCUGUUGUUUCUCCAUUGAUUCUUGUCCCUCCUUCUAUUCCUUGGAGCGCUCUCAUUCCAGUUCCUGAGACUACUCCACCACCACCUCCUGAGGCUACUCCUCCACCUCCUCCAUUGCCAAAAAAUCCUAUGCCGGCUAAGGAUCCUUACUGGAAUGGUGCCAUGGGCGAGGAAUAUAGCUCUCUUAUUAAAGCAAGAAUGUGGGACUUGGUUCCGCGGCCAGCUGCUACUAACAUUGUUCGAUCUCUUUGGAAUUUCAGGCACAAAUUUGACGCCAAUGGAGAGAUCUCAGGCUACAAAGCGAGAUUUUGUGCCAACGGCAAGUCACAAGAGCUAGGCGUUGAUUGUAACAAAACUUUCAGUCCAGUGGCGAAACCAGCUACGGUCGUUAUGCACGUCGCUGUCGCUAAAGACUGGCCGUUACACCAACUCGACGUAAAGAACGCUUUUCUCAAUGGUGAUCUUGAAGAAACGGUGUACAUGCACCAGCCUCCUGGAUUUGUUGACCAAACCAAGCCAGAUCAUGUCUGCAUCCUCAAGCGCUCUCUCUAUGGCCUGAAGCAAGCACCUAGAGCCUGGAACAAUCGUUUUGCUUCUUUUGCCAAAAAGAUCAGUUUUGCUCAAAGUGUAAGCGACCCUUCAUUGUUCAUCUACUGUCACGGUGCUGACCUUGCUUAUUUGCUUCGUUAUGUCGAUGAUAUUGGUCUCACGGCUUCUUCAACCAAGCUGCUGCAAUCUAUCAUCGCUUCUCUUCAUAAAGAAUUUGAGAUGAAUUGCAAUCCCUGUUGCACUCCAGUCGACACUAAAGCCAAGUUGUCUCUCGAAGGUGAACCAGUCUCUCAUCUGACGUUGUAUCGCAGCCUCGCCAGUGCACUCCAAUACCUGACUUUCACGCGUGCAGACUUAGCUUAUGCCAUCCAGCAGGUGUGUCUCUCCAUGCAUGAUCCUGCUGAGCCACAUUUUGCAGCUCUAAAACGAAUCUUGUGCUACAUUAAGGGCAUUAUUUCUCAUGGUCUUCACAUUCACAAAUCACCGGUGGAUCAGCUCACGGCAUAUUCCGAUGUGGACCGGGCUGGCUGCCCAUCGACUCGACGUUCUACAUCAGGAUUCAGUGUUUUUCUUGAGGACAGUCUCACUUCCUGGUCAUCCAAACAGCAGGCUACAGUCUCAAGGUCUACUGCAGAGGCAGGAUAUAAGGCUGUCGUGAAUGAUGUUGCUGAAACAACUUGGUUGCGAAAUCUACUUGGCGAAAUGAAGCUUCCUGUCACGAAAGCUACCAUUGUUUUUGGCGACAUCCUCUAA